AAUGUACUAUCUGGAUCCGCUCUCUCUAUGGUCAAUAUCUUCCUUGAGCCCAAGAAAAUUCCCAGCCUGCUAGGUGAAGCUGUUCCAGCACAGGCAUCAUUCUUCAUUGCCUAUGUAGUGACAUCUGGGUGGACCAGUCUGUCGUCAGAACUUUUUCGUCUGAUUCCUCUUCUUUACAGUUUCAUGCGAAGACUAUUUGCAGGGAAAGAUGGAGUUGAUGAUUUUGAAAUUCCUUCAAUCCGUUACCACAGUGAAAUUCCCAGGGUUCUCUUCUUUGAACUUCUUGGUGUUACUUAUUUCUUCCUUGCCCCACUAAUUUUGCCAUUCCUCUUGGUUUACUAUUGCCUGGGAUACAUCAUCUAUCGCAACCAGGUAAGUGAAAUGCCCCUUUUACAGCUUGCAUCAGAUAUAAUAGAACAGAAACCAAGGUUCACUUUGUUAAGUAUUCAAGGCAAACCUUUCUAAAGCUACUAUCUGCUACA